UAGAACCGUUUAAGCAACUAUAUUUGUUAUGUUGAUUACAUUUGUAACAGUUAUCAAUGGGUGAACAAAGAAUAACAAUAGCCAUUAUUAAAGGAAAUACAGAAUACAACAGAAGAAUUUCUUUCAAUGGUGUUGCAGUCAUACUGUUGCCCUCCUUUUAUGCUGCUGUGAAAAACAGACCUUUAAUUUGUUGACCCCUACACAACCUCAUAGGAUAUAGAAUUUUUGUAUGAUUCCCUUACACCCCUCUGACUGGUAUGUUUAUGGGUGAACUUUUUAUGCUAGAAUUUUAUAAUGCAGGGAGAUUUGGUGAUACAUUUGACAAACACAUCACAUAGAAACUGGAAUAAACUGGAAAACCCUAUAUCAAUCCAGUUGCCAACAGAAUGAGAAAUGUGUUGCAGGCUGUUGAAGUUGCAACAUAUAUCAGUUUCUGAGUGAAAACAGAGGGUGUGUGGGCCAAGCUCCUCUCACCACAUGCCUGGAUGGCAAGAUAAAGCCAACUGCCUUUGCAAAGAAGACAGUGGGAUGACAGACGAAGAGAUACCCAAUGUGGGUGAUCCCCCUCCAACAUACAUAAUCUUCCUCCUUGUCUUUUUCUUCUUCAUCACUGGCCUCCUGGGUUUCUUAAUCUGUCACUUAUUGAAGACGAAGGGCUACCGCUGUGAACUGGAAGAGGAUCAAGUAAACUGUGAAGACAAACCGGGGACAGACAAAGAUGAUGAAUCAGAAGACAGCCAAGACACUGUGGAACAGAUUCUGAAAUGCAUCAUUGAAAAUGAAGCCAAUAUGGAGGCCUUCAAAGACAUGUUUACUGGGCAAAACGUUUGUGAACAUCAAGAUCCACGGUUACCUCAGAAAGAUGGUGCAAGUGGUCUUCCCCUUCACCAUCAUACAGUUCAUCUGGGUGGUGAAAUCAGCUCUUGUGUCCACUGUAUGCAAGAACGUUUAUUAAAAACACGGCGCAAAAGCCGUGUGGCUAGAAGCAAAGCUCGGCUAGCGGAGCAGACUGUGUUUUCUGUGGGAAGGUUUCGUGUCACCCACAUGGAGAAGAGAAACAGCCUGCAAGGUUCGAUCAAUCUUUCUGCCUCUAAGCCAGGAAACACGUCCAAUGACACAACGCUCUCUGAUAGCAAGACGGGAUUUAAAGACACUUCCAAAAAACCUCAGGAGGAAUACAACAUCCGUAAUAUGUUCAAAGACUCUGGAGCAACCAACGGCAAAGUCCUGAAUGUUGGCAAACGGAAGAAGAGUGUCACAUUGCUUAGCUUUUUUAAGGGUGCUGAUCCUGUGGAUACCAAAGGGGUAGCAGACGUGAUUGAGGACGACAAGGAGGGGUCAAGCACACCGGAUCAGUUAUCUGUCUCUCUGGGAGAAGGCUUGAGCUCCGUUGCACUGUCCCCCACUGAUGAAACAGCUUUAGAUGAAAAUGCAAAUAAAGGUUCAGGUAAAUUAGAGAAGACCAGCCUAGAGAACGAAAAGGCUGAUGAAGCGACUUUAAAUGUGAAAUCGCAUGACAAAUUAAGUACAAACACAACAGAGAUAGUUGGGGAUAGUUCUAAUGACUGCUCUAGAUUUGUGGUGGUACGAACUACGGAAGAAACCGUCAUCCCACCUGCAGCCGCUGUGGACCAUAGAGGAGAUGAAACGACAAAACUCAAGGACAUUAAGACUGGCCAAGUUAGUCAGGAGAGUACAGACAAUCAGCAGAUAUGAUUACAGCAUCAUAGCCCUACAAGCAUAACAUUAUACAAUUAUCAGAUGGUCAGACAGUUGUUUAUUAAGAACAAGACUCAUCAUGAAAAAUGACACUGCUUUUACCAAAAAUAGCCCUUGUUCUCAAUUAAUUGCAUUUUAAAUCUAUAAAUAUGAUGGGCUUAAUUGAAAAGCAAUGCCUAUUAAAAUAUGUCGACAAUU